AAACUUAUACCAUCCAAACAAAGGCAAAUACAUACGUACUAGGGCUCUCCUAUUUGCCGUUCGAAACAGCAGGAGAGCAAAUAGCAAUACAUUUUUUUUGUUCAUUCAACCAAACUACAUAGAAGCCUCUCAAAAAGCAAGAAAAAUCAGAAGCAAAAUGGAUGAUUAUACACGAGAAAUGAUGGACCUGAAAACCCUAGUUACUCGAACCCUGGAGAAAAAAGGCGUCCUUGCUAAGAUCCGAGCAGAACUUAGAGCAAGCGUUUUUGAGGCAAUUGAAGAUGAGGAUAGGGUAAUUGAGAAGGAUGAGAGCUUGCCCCCUGCACUAUUGGGUAGCUGCAAUGAUCAGGCAAAACAACUCCAUAAUUCACCUUCAGGAAGGCUACUAACUGCUCUUAUAUGUGAAUAUUUGGAUUGGGCUCAAUUAAACCAUACACUUAAGGUGUAUUUGCCAGAGUGUAACUUGCCAAAGGAUUCAUGGAAAUCUGAGCUAAAAGAAUUUAGCAGCAAGAAUGGAUAUGAUCUUAACAGGAAUGGCGACAGUGCUCCUUUUCUUUUGGAUGUUCUUGAAGGAUUCUUGAAAUACGAGAACUUCUCUCAAUCAAGGGGUGCUGGAUCUGUGUCCAACACUGAAGCUAGGAAUAUUAGGAAGCCUUCUUCAUCUUCAGUUGUCGGGGGGUUACCUCCGUCGGGAAGGCCUGGUCCUGCCGCCCAGUCAUCUGAUAGAAGAGCAGGUUCAUCCAUAUCUGGAUAUAGGAAAGAUGAAUACAACUGGAGAUACGAAAAUGAGGAGCUUCCGCAGGAUGUAAUGCUUGCCUCAUCUGCCUUAGAAAACCUUCAAUUGGACAGAAAAGCUCGGAAUCUUACCAGUUCAUGGCGGCACAGAGGUGAUGGCAUUUCUGAGGAUGAUGGCAGGAUGGAAUAGAUGAGAUUAUAUAGUGUCCAAAUCACUAAUAUGGGAAUUGAUGAUACCCCUUCAACUUAGAAAUUCAAUGUUCUAAUGUUUGAUGUGUAUGAUUUGUAUACUGUAUUGCUUGUAUUAAUUAGGGUGUGCUGCUCAUUUUUCUUUCUUUUCUUUUCUUUUUUCGUUCUCCCCCUUAUUGCGAUGUUGCUUCUUUGGAUGCUUUUAACUCAGUAUUUUGUAAUAUGGUCGAUCUGAAACGACCUCUCUACCUCUCAAAAAAGGGGCAAGGUCUGCGUAAACUCUACUCUUUUCAGACUACUACAUUUUGUAGGAUUAUAUUGCGUAUGUUGUUGACUUCUUGUAUCA